UAUGUACCCCCCUGUGAGGAUCCUAUGGUGUUAAAUCUCCAGAUGCAUUGAGAAGUUUUCUGUCUUGUGAGACACGUCAAGGGGUUAGGAAACAGAAGAGUGAGACAAAUGUGAACAAUGAGAAGAAUGCACCUACCCCUGUAGCUGGAAGGAGACUCGCAGCUCUUGGAACAACACCAUCUAAACAGACUCUGAAGCCUAAAAAAGAUCUUACCCUUAUGAAGGAGAAAAAGAAACGGAAUACACUGGAGAAAGAGAUUCGUGCAUUAGUGAGAGAGUAUGGAGAGCAGAGUAAAAAACUUGAGGCUCUGGAGGAGGCUUUUGCUAAGAUGGAAGCAAAGUUCAAGUCUUCAGUUCGGGAGAAAACAUCUCUUUUGGCAAAUGUUGCUUGUCUAAAAAAACAGAUUCUGGAAGUAACAAGGAUCAAUGAACUACUGAAGUCAAAGCUGUCUGAAGAUGGUGUUGAGAAGAAGAUGAGCAGCCUAUGCCAGGAAUUAAUGAAGCUCAGAAACAAGAGGGAUGGUAAGGAAAAGGCUGCACUUGCAAAGCAGGAAGACAUGGAAAUGAAGCUGCCAGAAGUGCAAAGGAAUCUUGAGCAUUCAAAAGGAGAAGUAGCACAGUUAGAAGAAAAACUGUCUGCUACUGAGAGAGAGAAAGUGGAAGAGAAGUCUGACACAGAAAAACUCCUGGAAUAUAUCACGGAGCUCAGUGGUGUUGCAGAAACAGUUGAGAAAUACAAACUAGAUGUUGCCCAGAUGGAGGAGACACUGAUGAAGAAAGACCAAGAAAUCGAGAUCCUGAUGGAUACCCUCAAAACAAAAGAGGAAGAAUCAUUUAAAAUUAUAGAAGAACUGACUGAAAGGUGUGAAUUGCUGCAGCAAGAAAAAGAGAAAGAGUUGUCUGAGAGCAGAAGAAAAUUCCUGAUUAUGAAUGCUGAAAUAGGAGACCUGAAGAAAAAAAUUGUCUUAGAAGAACAAGCACACCAAAAACUGCUUCAGAAACAUGAGGAGAUGGUCUCUCAGCUGCAGCAAGAGAAGGAGUCAUCGGCAUCAAUGCACCAGGAGUUACUACAGUUGAAAGACGAGGUAACAAGUGAAAGACAUCUUCUUCAAGAGGAGCUGAAUGACACAAUGAAUGAGCUGAAUAAAUUACAUGCUAAGGAGAAGAAAGCUGAGAAGUUGGUGAAGCGGUUGGAACAAGAAAUCAAAUCUCAAGCUCUUGAACUUGGGCAGAUGGAAGUAAAGUUGAAAGGGAAGAAUGCUGAGUUGGAGCAAAUCAAUGAAAUGCGCAGCAAUGCUGUUUUGCAAAUCCAAGAAGAACAUAGCAAUACAUUGCGUAAACUUGGAGAGACUGUUGCUGAGUUUGAAAGUUACAAGAAGACAGUAGCUGAAGAAAUAAGCAGUCUUAAGCUGGAGAACACCUCACUGCAAGAAGAAGUUGCCGACCUAAAAAAAAUAGGCCAAGUUAAUCUACAGCUGCUUCAGGAAGCAGAGAAUACGAAAAACAAAGCAAAAGAAGAAUGUGCAAGGAUGCUUUUAGAAGUCCAGACAAAGCUUGCACUGAAAGAAGCAGAAGCGGAGAGCACAAAAGAGUCUUGCCUUGCACACAUGGCUAAACUUCAGGAAAAGCUCGAAGAGCGAACUGAAGAUCUGAAAAGAAAACUUGAAAUGGAAAGAUCAAGGAAACAUGAAGAUGUGACCACUAGCUUAAAAGAAGAAGUAAAGACCUGGCGUAAACUAUAUGAAGAUUUACAUAACAAAACUAAGCCUUUUCAGCAACAACUGGACGCGUAUGAAGCAGAGAAGAACGUGCUCUUAAAUGAGCAUGGUGCAGCCCAAGAAGAACUGAAUAAACUAAGCGAUGCGUAUGCUAAACUACUUGGCCACCAGAACCAGAAGCAAAAAAUCAAGCAUGUUAUGAAGUUGAAAGAAGAGAAUACCCACCUGAAGCAGGAUGUUUCAAAACUGCGUGCAUUGCUAGCAAAAGAAAAGCAAACCAGUGGGGAUCUUCAGGAACAACUAUAUACGAUUCAGAGCAUUAGGCACUUUGAUCCUGCCAAAGGUUUCCAGCACGAUAGCAAGGAAAAUAUUCCUCCAAAAACUCCUUUUAAAGAAGGUAACAAAACCAAAAUGUAA